GUGGACGUGUCUUCUGUAUCAGAAUAACUUUCCGACAUAAAAGUAGGACCACUUUGAGUAAAUGCUCACAAUAUUUAUCCAAGGAGACCUAAAGCUGUGAUGUGAUCAUCAUUCUAUAGAGGAAGAUGUGAUCAUCACUAUAAACCCGGCCAUUCAUAUUUUCUUCAGACUGCUGCAUGACGUAAGACUCCGAUGAUGUGUGAAUUCAUUACCUGAGUUGCAAAGUAACGCCAGUCGAUUUAUUAUGGUUGCGUCUAGUCCGUGAGCCGAGCGUCCUGCGUCCGCGCCGCUGAUUGGCCGGCUCGCUGAGCGCUCCGCCGCGCCGCUCCGGGAUCCUCUGGCGCAGAGAGAAAGCUCAGCUUGGCCGCCAGCGAACACCGAGCCGGGCUGGGAGGGCAGAUGAUGUGAUCCGAUACGGGCGGGCGGCUGCACCUACGGGCGGAGUGGAACUUAAAAGCGGCUGGCGACCUCGGACCUGCUCACUACUGUGUGUGCGUGUAAGUGUGUGAGUGUGUCGUCGUGGGAGCCGAGGCGCAGAAACCCGGAGGCUGACUGAAGCGGUGAGUGGAUGUAAAUAGAUGAACUCGAUGGGAUGCGCUCCCCUCCCAGUGCGGCGGCGGUGAGGGAGAGGAGGGCUGGGUGCUGAAGAUUGACUGCGUCUGUUCACAUAUCGACAGCUUUGCUUCCGCAAUAAUGGCAACUCCACCUAUAUGCUGCCUCGGCGUCAUGGUGGAUUUAAAGAUGAUCCAACGCGGUUUCUGAGUUUAUUAAGACGGCAGCAAGGAAAGAGGGGCUAGAAUAGUCCACCCGUGACAUCAUCGACUUUUCAAGUUAAUGGUGUCCCCAGAUUGUGCUUUCAUCUGUUGCAUUUCAUUUCUGAAGCAGUGGGUGCAGUUCAGAGUUGAGGAAAGAGGCCUCCCAUUACAGAGACUCUAUCACGGCACUGUAUUUCCAGUCAGCCAUGACGUCAGUACAAACUCCUCCUCUCUCUCGCUCUGGCUCCUCCCCCUCUAAUGUGGGUCUGGCUAAUCGCAGCGGCCCCUCUGCCACACCUCCCGCCUCGCUUAGCCUUCGCUCUUCAUACAACCAGUUGCUUGGGCGAGAUGUCAUCAAGGAGUCCAUGGAAAGUGGAAGUUCGGCCACCUUGCCAAGGAGCCGUCAGAGGUAUACAAUGACCAGUGUGCGGAGCGCCAUGGGGAUAAGUGACAACUUGGCUUUGUCCUCUAAAAAACAACCUGGAACCAGAGGGAGGGGUCUCCCCACCAAGUCCUCCUCCAGCUCUGCCCUCUACUCCUCCUCGUCUUCCUCUUCGCUGUUUAAUACAACCAACCCCAAAUUGGCCAAGAAUGGGGCUAACAUGCAGAGACGAGCUGAGAGCCAACAGUUGGAGCUGAGCCGGGCCAAUACAGAGGGCAAAAUUCACAAUGAUCUCAUCAAUAAUCCCACUUCUGACUGGUUAGAAUUAGAAAAAGACAACUCGCAGCUGCCCCCGUUCCGUAGAAGGACCAAGAGCUUCUUGGAGUAUCACGAGAAGGGCUGGGAUUUAGACCUCAGUUGGGGAAACAAAGAGGAAAAGGAGGAGAAGAAGCAGCAGCCCUCCCCAGAGAAAGAGCAGGCCAGCCCUGCAAAGGAGAGGGAGAGCCAAAAGGAGGAGAAGCCCAUCAGCAAGCGGACCUGCCAGGAAGAGAAGGAAGUGGUGGAGCCAGUGGUGGAGGAGGAGGAAGAUGACCCCACACCUCCACCAAGGCAGCCCCUGCUACCAGUGGUGUUGGAAGCCCCGCUUUCCCCCACGUCCUCCUCGUCCACCAACAGCCCAGAGUGGGUCCCAGACAACCAACACCUCCUCCAGAGCUAUGCUCCAGCCCAGAUCAGAGAGGAGCUCUGUGUCCAGGUUCAGCCUACUCCACGCAGUCCUGCAAAACCACCUCGGAGCUCCCAGCCCCGGGUUAUCAAGGUCGAGCUGCACCCCAACAAUGAGAACCAGUUCCUGCAACAGUACCCACCUUCUUCCCCUAAACAGGCCCGGGUUGCAGAGAGGAACACCCCUACCAGGAACCGGGCACCCCCUGCCCUGCCAGAUCCUGAACCUAAGAGUGGGCUCCCUAAAGUGGGCUUAAGAAUGGAUCUGACUCCUGAAACUCCAUCAGAAGAUGAAGACUCCAGCUGGACCACCCUGUCCCAGGAGACAUCCUCUCCUCAGACUCCACGGGAGACAGCAGAUGUAUGGAGUGAGGGGGACCUGCCCCCGGGCUGGCGGGAAAUCUCAGAUUCAUCAGAGAUCUAUUUCUGGCACAUCCCCACUGGCACCACACAGUACCACCGACCUGUUGCCUCCGGCGACCAGCACACCUCUCCCAACAACGGGCCAGACACAGACACCGAGCACGACCCACAACAGGAGACACAGGACUCUCUCAAGCCUCCAAACGAGCGCCCCAGCAGUCUGAUAUCUGACAGCUCGGUGGAGCUGGUCCCCUCCCCCUCUGGCUCCUCCCCCUCUCCCUCUCCCUCUCCCUCCCCCUCCUCCUCCUCCACCCUUUUAGAUGAUGUCACCUUUUCUGGACCAAAUAUCAACACUACCGCCUGCACAGCCAAUGAGCUGAAGGACUAUCCAGUCUAUCCAGAUCCCAGUCUCAAGGCGUUUGAAGGGGCUACCCUCCGCUAUGCGUCACUUAAACUCAACGCCGCAGCCCAGCUAGAGACAGUGGACCUCAACAAUACCUUCUCCAAUCCAGAGGCAAUGUCAUUUCCAGUGCGAUCUCUGGGCUGGGUGGAGAUGGCAGAACAAGACCUGUGUGAGGGGAGGAGCAGCUUGGCCGUCCACCACUGUAUCAGACAGCUGUCCUACUGCAGGAGGGACAUACGAGACUCAGCCGGUGUCUGGGGAGAGGGUAAAGGCAUGCUGCUUGAGCUUCAGGACCGCAUGUUGACUCUGGUCGACCUGGAUGAUCGCAGCCUGCUCCACUCUCAGCCAAUCAGUAGCAUCCGUGUCUGGGGGGUCGGCCGAGACCACGACAGAGAAAGGGACUUUGCCUACGUGGCGAGAGACAAGAACACGCGAGUGCUGAAGUGCCACGUGUUCCGAUGUGAUACUCCCGCCGCAGCCAUCGCGACAAGUCUCCACGAAAUCUGCUCUAAGAUUAUGGCUGAAAGGAAAAGUGCCAAGGCUGCAGCUGGCAGCUCCUCCCAGACUGGCUCCGAUGUACCCCUACAAGAGUUUCCCAUGCCAAAGACUGAGUUGGUGCAGAAGUUUCACGUGCUGUAUCUGGGUACGACAUCUGUGUCUCGCCCCAUAGGUAUGGACAUCAUAAAUAGUGCCAUAGAGAGUCUGGUGUCCUCCACAGGCAAAGAGGACUGGACUCCGGUCAUAUUGAGUAUUGCUGACACCACUCUGGCUGUCAUCAAAGAAAAGGAAGAGGAAGAAGAGGUCUUGGUGGAGUGUCGAGUUCGUUUCUUGUCCUUCAUGGGCGUGGGGCGAGACGUGCACUCAUUUGCCUUCGUUAUGGACACUGGGAGCCAGCAUUUCCAGUGUCAUGCAUUCUGGUGUGACCCCAACGCAGGCCAUGUGUCUGAGGCUGUGCAGGCGGCAUGCGUGCUGCGGUACCAGAAGUGUCUGGUGGCACGGCCCCCCUCCCAACGGGCUUGCUCCUCUUCCUCACCCUCUGCGGACUCUGUGAGCCGCCGGGUGACCACCAGUGUGAAACGUGGAGUCCUGUCUCUCAUAGACACUCUGAAAACCAAGAAACAGCCGUCUGAACUCCCCCAGCAAUGACCGUCAACAGUGACCACAGGCACCCUCCCAGCUGCUGCUGGACGCCACUCACACACUAUCGCCACAGCAACACCUAAUCAGUACCAGCCAUGGUAACCAACAAUGUACAUAUAUGUUAACAAACAACGCCGCAGAUGAAAGGAAGAAGAGCGAUUCUCCAGUAGGCCUGAUGAUAAAUUUAAAAAAAUGACAAGAACACUCAUGGCUUUCAUGAGGCUGAAUGGAAAAUCUGGUAGCACUGGUUGAUCUUUGACCUUUGAACGCUGCUGCGUUAGUGGAAACCACCGGCAGGCUCCAUUGUAUGUGGAUUUCUGGGCUGGAUGGAUUAUUUGAUCAAGCACUCUACAGACAGAAUUCAGGAUAACCCAGAAUAAAAAGACACUGUUCUAUUAACAAUCUGGUUUAUGGAACCACUCAUUGGUUUACUUUUUUCUUUCAUGCUCGGUCCCUUCCUGUAAAAAACAUCAUCAGCAAUCGGAGCACUGUGACAAGCUGCAGGAGCCUUCCAGGACAGACAAGGCGUUGACUUGCUGUCGUGGGAUUUUAACAGGUGAAUAAGAAAAGAAAGCAAGACCAGAAAGACAAGACCUGCAAACCCGCUCCUUCCCACCAAAUGGCAACACUUUGAUGUGUGCCAGACUUGUAACGGGCUCAAACUUAACAUCUUUUUGAAGGUGAAUGAAGUGAUUGUAAUAAAAAGUAAGUAAAUGAUUGUAUGUAGGAAGAGAGAAUGUAGGACACACAACGUGUAGAUAUGAGGGAGAGAUGAAGUGUUGGUGACAGAAAAUGGGACAGAUGUGGGCUUUGUUUUGCAUGUUUUCUUGAUGAGAUAUGUUUUUUUGUUGAUGAGUCGAUAAGGGUCUCAGUAAGAAGAGUGGUGAACACACAAAGAAUAGAUGCUCUUAGCACAAGUCAUCUCAACAUGACCAUGACUGCAUUUACACUGGCACAAAACAAUCUGGUCUGGUUCUGGCCCAUACCUGAAUAAAAUGUUACUCUCUACCCCAUUUACAGAAUCACAAUUAAGGAUUAUUGUCCAUCACAUUUUUACAUUCUGUUUCGCGAUGGAUGAGUAGAUCAGCAAAAUAAAGGUAGACGUUUUUAAUGUAUUUUGAAACUUUUAAUUAGUUAAGAUUUUACUUUUUUUUUUUGCAUAGAUUAUAGAAAAACUGAGUUUAAAAGCUAAAGAAUGUUACAUUGCCUAUGUUCAAACUUUACAAUUUCCUCAGGAAUCUUUAUGCAUACACCCAAGAUUUAUGUGUUAGCAAGAAAUUCCAAUCCCAGGCUUCGACUGGCCGAUGUUAGGACUCAAGGCGAUAUGAACAGCAUGAAAAAGAUCAAAUUGGUGCUAUACAGUAAGGUUAACUAUAUUUUCUAUUCUUCCGUAAACCAACCAGUCUACUCCCACUCACAAACAAAAUACACACACACACACAAAUACGUACAUAGAGCUGCUGUCACUGCUAUUAAAACCUUUACACUGCUCCUAUGGCUCAUGUCCACAACCUGCACUCCACAUGAACUCUGUGAAUGCAGUCUCAUCGAAAUGAAGAAAAAAAAAUGCAGACAAUCAAAACCAACAAGAAAGAUGCUGUAACUCAUUUCAGUUCUGUUCUUCACUCAUCUCUGCACCAUGUAAAUGUAAUCUGUUGUGACAAUAAAUGCAUUACC